UCAAAAUAGUUCUUCGCCUUUCUCGAUAGGAUUCUUGAAUAUAUUUUUAUCAAAGAUAUUCCUUUUCAAUUAUCUAGUGAAGACGUAAUAAAACUGCAACAAAAUGGGAUUUUCGCUAAAAGUAACAUAAGUAGUUUAAAAAGUUUACAACUGGACAUAGUGAUUGUUCAUGAUGUGGACACAGCGAGAUUUAUUUUCUUUGUACGAUAACUCGCCAGACAGAUUGUUUGACCUGUGUAUGGACUAUAUUGUGGUUAACUUGAACAUCAUCACUGAAUUAGAUCCAGCAAGUCGUUGGCGCAAGCUCAAGGAUGACAUCAUAAUGCCUGGUGAGAUUUGCGAGAAAUUUCUCCAAUAUUAUCAAAGAAAAAAUCGUGUCAAUGACAACAUAGCUAAUGUAUUCCGGGACACGGAAAACACUACACUACGCUCGAUAAAAUUACGAAAUUCGCGGAUAACCGACGAGGGUUUGCGCUGUCUUAUGGCUCAUAGGCCUGUGCAGCUGGAGUUGUCACAGUGCGACUACUUGUCACAGCAUCAGCUAGAGAUAAUUAACAACAACGCUGACCGCCUGGUGUCCCUCAAAUUCGGUCCACUCAAUUACACUAGUGAUCAACCAGAUGAAAGGGCAAAAAGAGGACCAUACAUAGAUGCCCCUAUGCUUCAACAUCUCACCAUUCAGUGCAGAGGAGUAGCGAUGUUUCCACUAAUCCUGCUGAAGAAUUUAAACAAUUUAACUCACUUGGACCUGUCUGAAUACUCGUCAUCCGGUUCCGCAUGGGUCCUGUACGAGAUGAAAAACUUACGUUCUCUGGUGUUGCACUGUGUGCCGUGGUCUAAAGAAGUGAUAGAUUGGAUUUGCAUUCAGAGUCAGCUCAGACAUUUGGAUAUUUCGCAAGCCAAUGAAAGAUGUGGUAAAUAUGUUAGUCCAAAUGAAACAUUGGCAAAAAUUAUAAUAAGUUUGCCACAUUUAGUGUCAUUGGAUAUAUCUGGCACAAAUUUAGCUGGCACUGGAGCAGCUUUGUGGCCAGAUUUAUCACCACCAGAGGUUAUAGAAAAUCCAAUAGAUAUUGAGACCCAUGUGCGCUGCGACAUACCAGGUCUGGUUACCAGAGUCUAUAACCCUCUGGAGUUCCUCGGUAUGUAUGGCACUCAUCAUGGAGCCUGUAAACGCCACGACAUACCUGCCAAAGUGAUCACAGGCGAUGCCAAUGAGGAGCAGAUAUUGACCGCUGGAGCGGUAUACAUGGAGAGGCCGGCUAUGCUGACCAGAGUACUCAAUGACUUGUACUAUCUAUUCCGUAGUACGGAUAGAUAUAAUGCCUACGUGGGCCGAGCCCUGUGUGUCGUUCUGAAAGCUAUGGAACUACAUGUGUCUGAGAAACAUAUACAGAUCUCUGGAAGCGCUACACUAUUCUACAUAGUGAAGGGCAAGGAGAAACAGCGUAUGGGUAUGAAGCUGAAGCGGCGCAUCAUUACAGCUCUACUCGAUGGUAUGGACGCUCAUCUUGGCGAUGAUACGAUGAUGAGAAACGGCUGCCUCACACUAUGCCAGUUCAAGAUACCAGUUGAUGUGUUGUUCGAGUACGAGCGUGUAGUUCACAUACUACUGAACGGUGUUGCUGACGUGAACCAGGAGAGCUUCGUGCAGCGCAUAGCAAUAUACUUGCUGAACUCGCUGGCCUGCCAAGUUGAUGGCACUCAGAAGAGAUUCCUGGGAAGUAACGGGGCAAUCUCGAAAAUGCUCAAUCUAAUCUCUGACCGGCUGGAGCGGCGGGUGUGCGACGAUGUGCUGGAGGUGGCCUGGUCCACCAUGUGGAACGUCACGGACGAGACGCCUCAGAACUGUCAGCGGUUCCUCGAAAAUAGAGGCAUGGAGUACUUCCUCGCCUGCCUCAAGUGUUUCCCCGAUAAAGAGGAGCUACUCCGCAACAUGAUGGGUCUCCUGGGUAACGUGGCCGAAGUGCCCCAACUCCGGCCCCAGCUCAUGGACAAACUGUUCCUGUCCGUGUUCUACGAGCUGCUGGAAUCCUCCAGCGACGGCAUAGAAGUAAGUUACAACGCUGCUGGCGUCCUCGCUCAUAUGGCGUCAGACGGUCCCGAAGCCUGGACAGUGGAGGAACCGGCCCGGGAGGCGGUACUUGAGCGUAUAGCGGCUGCCGUGGAGCGGUGGAAUCUUCGGGUCGAGAGGAAUAUAAACUACCGGUCCUUCGAGCCGAUACUCGGUCUGCUCAGCGCUCAUCACACGCCGCAGUGCCAGCACUGGGCUGUUUGGGCGCUGGCCAACCUCACCACCGUCUACCCGGAGAAAUACUGCAGCCUGGUCGAAGCAGAGGGUGGUAUUGGUCUGCUCUAUGGUCUGCUCAACAACCCCUGCUCCUACAACAUGAUCAAGGAGCUGGCCUGGAAAGUGAUCGAGAACUGCCAGAACUACUCCCUCCGAGGAGAGACCGGGGAUCCACCGGCCAUAGCUCCGGACAACUAACUAAUGGACUUCUUCGGGGAAAUCGAUCCCGAACUUGAAGAACAGUGAAUAGUGUGGACCGCAGUGGCUAUCGAGCUUAGUGUGUGCUUCAACUAAACAUAAUUGAUUUUUUCAUACGAGAUUAUAUUAUUAGCCCGGGUUCCCUGGAACAUUUUUUUGCCUUGAUUACUAUCAAGCAA